GAAACUGAGAGGACAGCAGUUGACUGAUGAUUAAACGACGUUCUCUAAGGGCUAACACCGGGCUUGUGAUGGACUGUCAGAGGCUCCUUGGACUCUUUGGCGUCUCUUUCACUGCAGCCUGUCUACUGUCCACAGCACAGGGCUUUAGUGUUGAGAUGCCAGCCUCUGUGAGGGCAGUGGAGGGCAGCUGCGUUCUGGUCCCCUGCCAAACCCGACCCCAUACCAGGGUCGUCUGGUACAAACACCAGACAACAGGUUGGCCUGCCGUUUAUGAUGGGACCUACCCUGAUGGUGUUAUUGGUGAAUUUAAAGGACGGACUGCAGUACUGGGGAGUCCUUCAGAAGGGAACUGCACCCUCAGAAUAAACAACGUCAAGAUGUCUGAUGGUAUCACUCUGUUUCCCUACAUCAACCCAGAGUCUGACAAAUACUACAAACCGACUGUCCAGAUAAAGACUGAGCCUAGAAGCCGCCCUGUGAUAUCUGGGCCUGAGUUCCCAGUGCAGGAGGGUGCUGUGUUCCGCCUCAGCUGCAGUGUCCAGCACUCCUGCCCCCCCGCUCCCCCAGCCAUCGAGUGGAGAGGCCUGACGGAGGGCAGCACGGGGGUGUCCACUCAGAGGGUAGCAGAGCUGUGGGUGGAGGUGUCCACCGUGACGGUGACUGCAGCACGUUCUCAACAUGGCAAACAGGUCCACUGCCGCACCGGUGAUAUGUCAACAGAGAGCGAAUCUCUCACUCUGGACAUCGCAUUUGCGCCUAUUGAUGUGAAGACCAGCACUGAGAGUCCCAUCAUUGCAGAGCAUGGUAACAUCAACCUGACGUGUAACAGCAUGAGCAACCCAGAGCCUGAGCGGUAUGAGUGGCUAAUCACGAAUGGGAGCCGUCACUUCCAGCUGAACUCAAGCAGGGAAACUAUAACCAUCACGGAUGUUCAGAGGGACUUCUCUGCUGCCUGCAUCGCUCACAACGCCAUUGGGGCUGGACAGUCCACUAAAACAUCCGUAGAUGUCGCUUUUGUCUCCAUCAUGGUGCCAGAGUCCUCGUGCUCAGACACAGGAAGGAUGUUGAGAUGCUUGUGUCAGGUGGAGGCGAACCCUGUCGCCACGGUGACAUGGAUGUUCAAUGGGAGCACUAACAUCUCAGCAUCCGUGAUCCCUGCUGUCACCACGACAGGCGACUUGACGUCAUCAGAAGUCGUACUGGAGGGGAGACUAGCCGAGCAUGGGCCUGCUGUGUGUGUGGCAAAGAACUCCUACAGAACUGUGAAACAGCAGAUGGCCGUGCAGGAUGGAAAGAUCUCCCUGCCACUGCCAGUAUCCUUUCCAUGGAUUAUUUUGGCUUGUGCGUUUGGACUUUUUGGUUUGUGUGGACUGAUCUGUUUCUGCCGGUACACAACAAAAAGGAAAUCCAAAAGCUCAGAUGGAGCUACCUCACCUAAAAUCAACAGGCAGAGUGUCCCCUCUAACACCCAAGUCAUUAUGGCAGAUCUCAUUAAUGUCCACGUCCUCCUUGCCACCUACAUCUUAACGUUUCUGAUUGGCCUGCCCGCCAACAUCCUGGCAUUUUACGCGUUCAGCCAGAAGGCCCGCGACAACCCCACGCCCACGGACAUCCUACUGCUCAACCUGACCUCGUCUGACCUCCUCUUCCUCCUCUUCCUGCCGCUGAAGAUGUACGAGGCGGGUCAGGGCCUGCGCUGGUACCUGCCGCGGUUCCUCUGCUCGCUCAUGUCCUUCAUGUUCUUCACCACCAUCUACACCAGCUCGCUCCUGCUGACCGCGGUCAGCGUGGACCGCUUCCUGGGCGUGGCCUUCCCCAUCCGCUACCGGCAGCUGCGCAAGCCUCGCUACGCCAUCUGCACAGCCGCGCUGGCCUGGCUGGUCUCCUCGGCGCUCUGCAGCUUCGUCUUCGUGACCGAGCACCUGCUCGAGGCGGCCGGCAACAGCAGCCGCCCGCACGACAAGUGUUACGAGGACUUCAGCGGCGAGCAGCUUCGCGUGCUGGUCCCCGUGCGGCUGGUGUUCUUCGUGGUGCUGUUCGUGCUGCCGCUGCUCAUCUGCGUCUUCUGCUACACCACCUGCAUCCGCAUCCUCUACAGCAAGCCGUGCAUCCCGCCAGAGCGCAAGCGCAAGGCCAUCGGCAUGGCCGUGGGCACGCUGACCGUCUUCUUGGUCUGCUUCCUGCCCUACAACUCGGCGCAUCUGGUGGGCUUCCUGACCGGCAGUAGCCCUGAGUGGCGCUACUACACGCUGCUGCUCAGCACCUUCAACACCUGCCUGGACCCCAUCAUCUUCUACUUCUCCUCCAGUGCCUUCCGCACCACCACCAAGGUGUCCAUCGUCAAGAUGCUGAUGCUAAAUCGGACAAAUACUAUACAGAAGGACAAUCAGGCAUCCAGGCAGACCCUCAGCACCUGACCCGCUCACUCCUGUGUCCCUUUAAGUAUUUAUCAAAAUAAAGUGAGGCCCUGUCCACAUUAAGCCGGGUCAAUAUGAAUGCACGCUAUUAUCACACUAUCCACACUAAAAACGGCAUAUUCCCAGACCCCAAACCAAACUAUUUGAAAACUCUCUCUGAGGUGCACAAAUAAGAAUGACAUACUUGUCAUGAUAUUGAUACAAAUGUGGUGUUCCAGACCCCACCAACAACAAAAA